AUGUCCGUUUCAAAAUCUGCUACAACUGUUUUUGUAUCUGGGGCUUCUGGUUUCAUUGCACAAAAUGUAAUCAAACAAUUGUUGGCCAAUGGAUACAAAGUCAUAGGAUCAGUAAGAUCUGAAUCAAAAGGAAAAGAAUUGACAGAUAUUAUUCAAUCAAAUGACUUCCAAUUUGCUGCAAUCCCUGAUAUUAGUGCUGUUGGAGCAUUUGAUGAUGUUUUGAAAUCAAAUUCACAAAUCUCAGUGUUUAUCCACACAGCUUCCCCAGUCACUUAUUCGGCAAAAGAUGUUCAAAAUGAACUUAUCAAACCUGCAGUAGAAGGAACAAGGAAUGCUUUGAAUGCAAUAAAACUGUAUGGACCCCAAAUUAAACGAGUGGUUGUGACUUCUUCAUUUACAGCCAUUGCACUGGGGAAGGAUUUUGAUCAUGACAAAUACUAUACGGAAAAAGAUUGGAACCCAGUUACAAUAGAACAGGCAUUAUCAAAUCCUGAAGCAGCAUAUGCUUAUGCCAAAAAAAUGGCAGAAAAGACUGUUUGGGAUUUUGUUGAAACUGAAUCACCAACUUUUAAAGUAACUGUUGUCAAUCCAACUGUUGUUUUUGGACCACAAGCUUUUGGAGUUAAAGAUAAAUCGAAAUUGAAUUUACUGAUUGAAAUGAUCAAUGAUAUUCUUACUUUGAAACCUGACGAUGAAAUUCCACCCUAUGCUAGUCGAUGUAUUGAUGUGAGAGAUGUUGCUAAAGCUCAUUUGGUUGCAUUUGAAAAAGAGGAGGCAAUCAAUCAAAGGUUGGUGUUAAUAAACCAGCCAUUCAGUAAUGAUUUGCUUGCAUAUAUUAUCAAAAAGAGUUUCCCCGUUAUCAAUAUUCCGGAAGGCAAUUUGGAAAGAAGUCGAGAAUGCAUUGCAAAAUCGUGUAUCAAAACAGAUUUGACAAAGACGCAAGAAAUUCUUGGAUUUGAUUACGUUCCAGUGGAGAAGACAAUCCUAGAUACAAUUCAACAACUAUAUGACGCUUGA